AUGGCUAGACCCCCUGGCGCGGACGCCGGGCCCAGUGAAGUCAGAGCUUAUCUAGUCAAUAUCCUCGUCCACAGAUACGACGCCUCCGCAGAAUACGCACAAUCCAUCGCCGAUCUGUGGCAGCUAGGCCGCGGAAGUCACCUGCAUAAUGCAGACAUAAGAUCGUUCAAUCAGAUUUUUGGGAAGCCAGUGGGUGGGUACCUUCAUGAGACCGUUAUCAACGAUUUGUACGCUGAGUGGCGGACGUCCAUCUCGGGAAUCAUCAACUUCUGGGCUAUGAUCAUAGCCUGCGUUGCGGCCAUCUUCUUCCUCAUCCGAGCAUGGUACUCUCACUCGGCCACGCAGACAAGGAAGAACGCGGCACUUGUAUCAUUGUUAUGUGGUCCGAUACUCAUGAUCGGUGCGAAUCGCGAGCUGAUGCGCUUCGACAGCGGUGUUUCCUUGGUUAUCCCGUUGGCAUUUACGUUCAUAUUUUUGGGCUUGUGUUUUGAGAUAAACGAAAGGGUGGAGCAGGCCAACAAGGACAGGGAGAAGCACGAGUAG